AUGUCAUCUGUUCAAAGAGCCUUUACUCAAAAAUUAUCUAAGCAUAAUGCUGCCGAUGUUAGGAAGCAUGCUAGUUUAUCAAGAGAUAAUUCAAGAAGUUGUACUUCAAGUUUAUUGGGUUGCAUAACAUCACUCUCAAUAAAUGAUGUUGUGGAACCACUCGAUUAUGAGGAGUUCAUAUUACAAAAUAAGGAUAUAAUAGAUAAAGAUCCUUUAGGAGCCAUUUUUAAAUUCCCAGCAAAUGACAUUGAAGUUAAAGUAGUGCCUCGCUCUAUUAGAACAGAACAACCUAUAAUUCCUGAAGAACCGCCAGAGCAGUGGUCAUGUCAAGUAAAAGAUAGUGUGCAAUGGCUGACAAGAGAUUUUGUUAUGAUCAACUAUAAUUAUAGAUGUCAUUCUACAUCUUGGAACAUAGCUGACUCAUUAAAUGAACGUCAAGAACUGGCACAACUAUUACCAAGACAAGAAUUUGAAAUUGAUUCUGAAAUUUCUAAUAUAGAAGCUCCAAUAAAUGGAAAAUCUAAUUGGGAUUCUUACAGUGAAGGUGGAAGUAGUAUAACAAGUGAUGGGAGGAGAAGUUCUUGGGCAUCCCUUGAUCUUCGACAUAGUGAAAGUGAUAAGUUAGAUUUAAAAUUACUUGACAGAGUUGCUCCAGAACUAAUGGAUCAACUAAAUGCUACAUCGAGACUAGAAAAUCGGCAUAAAGAAUUUUUUUUGUUGUAUUCUUCGCAAGAUGAAGAAGAUAUGAUUGAAAAAAGACUGCAAGAACCAAUUCCGCAAGAUAGUUUAAGUCAUAAUAUUUUUAUCAAAUGUUUACAACUUAGACUGGAACUAGAUGUUGAACCUAUAUUUUUAACAUUAGCUUUAUAUGAUGCAAAAGAAAAAAAAAAAAUUUCAGAAAAUUUUUACACAGACUUAAAUAGUGAAGAAAUUAAAAAUAUGCUUUCAGGUCAUGUUGAAUUUAGUGACAUUUCAACGAGAAGCAGAGAUUGCAUAUUUAGCGUCACUCAUCCGUCUCCUGACGUCUUUUUAGUUAUUAAAUUAGAAAAAGUAUUACAAGGUGAUAUCUCGGAAUGUGCAGAUCCUUAUAUGAAAGAUGACAAAAACAAAGAAAAAGUAAAGUUUAAUGCAUUGGCAGCGUGCGAUCGUUUAGGAAAAUACAGAAUGCCAUUUGCAUGGACUGCAAUUUCUUUAAUGAAUCUCAUUAAUAAUGAAAAUUCUGAAAAAGACGAACAUUCUUCAUCAAGUUCAAAUAGUUUAGACAGAAAAUCAAGUAAUUCUAGUCUUGAUAGUAUAAAAAAACGCGCCAAUAUGGGCUCAUUAACUGGCAGAGGUUCGCUCGAUCGUUACUCAGGCUGUGAUAAAAGAAGAUCUUGGUCACCAGAAGAUUUUAUAACAGGAUUAGAGUCACUGCGACCUCUUACAAUAACAAUAUCCAGUUUUUUCAGGCAAGAGAGUGAACGACUGAAAGAUGAAGAUCUAUACAAACUUCUGCAGGAUUUAAAAAGGCCUUGCUACUUAAUGAAAAAAUUAAAAGUUAUACCGGGAGUGUUAAAAAUGCAAAUCGCUCCUUGUCCAGAUGAUUUAAAAUACGUUUUAACACCUGAACUUGCAAAAGUUUUGCCUUAUCCCGAUCAAAAAGGAAGACCUGUAAAGGAAAUAUUAGAAUUUCCCUCCAGAGAAAUAUUUUUGCCUCACAACACAUUUCGUAAUUUAUUGUACGUUUAUCCAAAAGAAUUAAAUUUUACUAACAGAGGAAUCAGGGAUUUAGGAUCUGCUAGAAAUCUUACAAUAAAAGUUGAACUGAAGUCUGGAGAGAAUGAAUCAUUACCGUACAUUUUUGGGAAAUCAUGUUGCCCUGAAUUUACCACCGAAGCUUAUACUUCAGUGUCGUAUCAUAACAAGUGUCCAAGUUUUUACGAUGAAAUCAAAAUCAAACUUCCUUCCAAGUUGGGUCCUCAGCACCAUUUAUUUUUCACAUUGUGUCAUAUAUCAUGCAAGAAAAAACCCGAAAAUCCUCCGGUUGAAACUCCAGUGGGUUACACUUGGAUUCCACUUCUCAGUGUGGAUCGUCUUCGAAGCGGAGAACUCAGUCUUCCAGUCAUGAUGGAACCUCCGCCUUCAAAUUAUUGUUACAUAACUCCAGACGUUCUUUUACCUGGCACACGUUGGUUCGAUAAUCACAGGGGUGUAUUUCUAGUCAACAUCGAAGCCACGUCAUCCGUACAUCCUCAGGACAAAUACCUUGACAGAUUUUUAUCAUUAUGUGCUUCCUUAGAAGAAGGAACUUUACCUCCGCUUUACGGUGAAACAAACAUUGAAACAGAACUGAAAAAAAGUAUUGCUGAAUUAAACAAUGCCAAAAUGGAGCCUUUAGUUCGAUUUCUUCCACUUGUUUUUGAUAAAUUACUUACUCUUUUAGUUAGACCUCCAGUUGUAGACAGAAUGACUUUAAAUUUAGGACAAGCUUUGUUGGAAUCUAUUGCAAAUUUGGUUCAAAACAUAACAAUGCAUGCCGUCGGAAACAAAGAUCAACAUAAUCGUCAUAGUUUGCUGGCAUCUUACAUACAGUAUCAAUGCUCAGUUCCAGCUUUGAUGGUUACUGAUUUUCGCGUUGGAAAUGGCAGAAUGCAAAAGAGUUCCAGUGAAUCAGAUUUAAAAAGUGAAUUUGAAAAUGGUAUUGCAUCAGCAUUGGCUAGAGGAUUAGAUCGAACUGGCAGUAUGAGAACUGGUCGCAAAGAUGAAAAUGAACUUUCCUGUGCUCCAAGAAGUUUGCUUCACGAAAUGAUAGCUCUUCAGUGGGUAGUUUCAAGCGUUCCUGCCAGAGAUCUCGCCAUGUCUAAUUCAUGGUUCUUUUUAGAGCUCAUAAUUAAAAGCAUGACCGAAACUUUAUGGAGACUGGAUGGACUGGAUGAACCUCGACAACUUAGAUUUUCCGAACAGUUUUGUGAUGAUAUAACAAUGUUGGUGCAAACAAUCACAGCUGAAAUCAUUUCAAAGCAUAACAAAGAUCCAAAAGCUAGUCAGAGUUUAAACACUAGUGUCGCUUUUUUUAUAUUUGAUUUAUUUAGUAUUAUGGAUAGGGGUUUAGUUUUAACAUUAAUAAAAACUUACUAUAAGCAAAUGACAGCAAAAACAGCAUCGUUGCCGGAUGCUCACGCUCACGCUCUCAUUGGUUACAAAUUAGAUUUUUUAAGGAUAGUUCUUAGUCACGAACAUUUGAUUCCUCUUAAUCUUCCCGUUCCGAUAGCAGUAUCUGGCCGCUCUUCGCCAAGUCUUUCAGUUGUUUCUUCAAAUUCACAAACUUCUUUGGUAUUUAACGCUCCCGUCUCAGAACGUAUUCAAAUGGCAGAGUUGACUUCACAAUUCAGGAGCCAACAUUAUUUAAUCGGCUUACUUCUCACCGAAUUAAAUGCAGUUCUCGAGUGUCAAAAUCCAAUAUUGCACAAGAAAGUAGUGAACAUUGUUCGAAAUUUAAUGACUUCUCACGAUCGAGAUUCCAGGUAUUCGGAUCCAGCUUGCAAAGCACGUGUGGCAUCUUUAUACAUGCCCUUAUUGGGAAUUAUUUUAAAAUCUUUACCGUUGCUUCAUAAAAGUAGUGCAGAUACUACAAAAUUGACUCAUGAUGAACCAGAAUCAAUUCAAACCAAAGUUGCUGCCUUAAUAUCAGGAUCUGCUCCAGUUCCAAUUUUUUACGAAAUGGCCCCUCCAAGUCAAACAACUCAGAGAAACAAAGGACUGAAUGCUGAAACGACAAAACACUUGCUUGGGUGCUUCCUAUGGCUACUUAAAAAUUUGGAUAGAGAUUUACUUCGAAAUUGGUGUCUCGAAUCGUCGGCAACUUCUUUGAAGCAGCUAUUGGAUGCUUUUAAUAUUUCCCUACAUUGCUUCGAAUAUUUAGGAAAAAAACAAAUUAAAUACAGAGCUCAGAAAAAAUUUGGAAAGGACGUAGAUAUUAAAGCCAAGCUAGAAGAUGUUAUUUUAGGUCAGGGUUCGGCAAGAUCGGAAAUGAUAAUGAGAAGAAAAGAAAAAAAUCCACCAUCCCCUGAUAGACUUAGGUGGCGAAAAGAGCAAAAAAUAUACAAACCGUCGUCCGAAGGUGGGAUUUGCCCCAGAGCUCAGGCCGAAGCAGAUGCUCUUAUAGAAGGGAAUCUUGCCACAGAAGCUACUCUUAUUAUUCUGGAUACACUGGAAAUGAUUGUUCAAGUUGCUUGUUCAUCCAAUAGUUUUCAAGGUCAGGGAUUAUUGGGCUACGUGUUCGGAGUGAUUUUAAGAGCCCUAUCGUGCAAUCAAAGCAAUGAAGCCCUUCAUAACUUAUUCGGGACACAAAGAGCAAUCGUAUUUAAAUUUCCUAAUUUAUUAUUUGAUGAAGAAACCGAACAUUGUGCCGAUCUAUGCCUACAACUUCUGACUCACUGCAGCUCCCUGUUGAGCCCCGUUCGAGCUCACGCUGCUGCAUCUUUGUAUCUUCUAAUGAGGCAAAACUUUGAAAUCGGAAAUAAUUUCGCUAGAGUAAAAAUGCAAGUUACGAUGUCUCUGAGUUCUUUGGUUGGUACCAGCCAAAGCUACAGUGAAGAGGCUCUCAGAAGAGCUUUAAAAAACAUUUUAGUGUUUGCGGAAGAAGAUAACGAGUUACGCGACACAACUUUUACAGAGCAAGUCCGUGAUUUGGUUUUUAAUCUUCACAUGAUUCUAUCCGACAUGGUGAAAAUGAAAGAAUUUCAAGAAGAUCCGGAAAUGCUAUUGGACUUGAUGUAUAGGAUAGCAAAAGGUUAUCAAAAUUCUCCAGACUUGAGGCUCACGUGGUUAGCUAACAUGGCACAAAAACACAUGGAACAUAAUAAUCACACUGAGGCGGCAAUGUGUUUGGUUCACAGCGCUGCUCUCGUCGCCGAGUACCUUCACAUGCUAGAAGAUCAAAAACAUUUACCCGUAGGAGCUGUUUCGUUUGAAAAAAUCACACCGAAUGCAUUAGAGGAAAGCGCAGUUUCCGAUGACGUUCUCAGUCCGGACGAAGAAGGUGUUUGCCUAGGAAAUUAUUUUACGGAAAGCGGUUUGGUGGGUCUUUUGGAACAUGCAGCAAAUUCAUUUCAUACAGCUGGAAUGUAUGAAGCGAUGAACGAUGUUUACAAAAUUUUAAUUCCCAUCGCCGAAGAAGCCAGAGAUUAUAAAAAAUUGGCCAACAUUCAUGGGAAACUACAAGAAGCGUUCAAUAAAAUCGAGCAGCUACAAGGUAAAAGAGUUUUCGGCACUUAUUUCCGCGUCGGAUUUUACGGAUCGAAAUUCGGAGAUCUCGACGGCGAAGAAUUCAUAUAUAAAGAACCCACGUUGACGAAGCUUCCCGAAAUUUUCAACCGAUUGGAAAAUUUUUACGGCGAAAGAUUCGGAAUGGAUAACAUGGUGAUAAUAAAAGAUUCGAAUAUGGUGGAUCCGAAAUCACUAGAUCCGGACAAGGGUUACAUUCAAAUCACAUACGUCGAACCGUAUUUCGACACGUUCGAAGUUCCACGUCACAGAGCGACUUACUUUCACAAAAAUUUCAACAUAAAAAGAUUCGUUUAUUAUACGCCUUUCACGGUGAGCGGGAGAGCGCACGGAGAACUUCAAGAACAGUGCAAAAGGCGAACGGUUCUCACGACGGCAAAUCAUUUUCCCUACAUAAAAACGAGGAUACAAGUCGUAGAGAGGCGGCAAAGCGUCGUCACUCCGAUCGAAGGUGCCAUCGAAGACAUACAAAAGAAAACGACAGAAUUGGCGGCGGCAACGCAUCAAGAACCUCCCGAUCCGAAAAUCCUUCAAAUGGUUCUGCAGGGUUGCAUAGGAACGACCGUGAAUCAGGGACCCAUGGAAGUCGCUUUGGUUUUCCUGUCGGAUUUGCAAGAAGGAAAAAUACCCAACAGACUUCAAACGAAACUCAGAUUGUGUUUUAAAGAUUUUUCGAAAAAAUGUUCGGACGCGUUGAGAAAGAAUAAAAAUUUAAUCGGGCCCGAUCAGAGAGACUAUCAAAAAGAGCUGGAAAGAAAUUAUCAUAAAUUUACGGACAGGCUCACGCCCUUACUGGGUCGAACGAUUUAA